AUGAAGCUCAACGAGAGGAGCGUGGCCCACUACGCGCUGAGCGACUCCCCCGCGGACCACACAGGCUUCCUGCGCACGUGGUGGGGCUCAGGGACCGCCCCCGGCCCCAGCGGCGCUGGCCGAAGAUGCUGGUUCGUCCUCAAGGGCAACCUGCUGUUCUCCUUCGAGAGUCGCGAGGGCCGGGCCCCGCUGAGCCUGGCGGUGCUGGAGGGCUGCACGGUGGAGCUGGCCGAGGCGCCGGUACCCGAGGAGUUUGCCUUCGCCAUCCGCUUCAGCGCUCCCGGGGUGCGGCCAUACUUGCUGGCCGCGGACGGGCCGGCGGCCCAGGAGGCCUGGGUGAAGGCGCUGUCGCGAGCCAGCUUUGGCUACAUGCGCCUGGUGGUACGGGAGCUGGAGGCCCAGUUGCGUGAGGCCCGCAAGAGCCUGGCCUCGCAUCGCCGAUCAUCCUGCAGGGCCGCGGCCAGCCGUUGUAAACCCCCGGCUCCCGACCACUGCUCUCCAGCCCUGGAGAACGGCCACUCCCCCUGCAAGGACCGCAGCCCCGGAAGCACGGCUGAGGAAGGGGGCAGCAGGCCGUCGGGGUGGGCCUCGUUGGAGUGGGAGGUGCAGGGCUCUGCCAGCCUCCUGCUCGGCAGGGGACAGAGCCCCGUGUCCCCCGAGACCUCCUGCUUCUCCACCCUGCACGACUGGUAUGGGCAGGAGAUCUUGGAGCUGAGGCAGGGGUGGCUGAAGAGGGCUCGGGUUGGCCGGGCAGGAUGGGAACAAAAGGACCGACCCUGA